GGGGCUCCGGGCGCGGCGAUGACCGAAGUCAACUGGCGCCAGCGCUUGCGGAACCGCGGCUGGCGUUUGCCCGAGAGGAGCUGGAGUGUACGUCGACCGCCUGGCACCAAGGACGCCGAGUCGCUCAACACCACGCUCAAAACGAAUCGGAGCCACAG